CGGGGCAUUCCCAUCAUUCCGCGUUGCGCCGCCAUCUUUGAUUUUUGUCCUUUCGAAGCCGUAAGGUGGUGAUUGAAAAUCGCGAUCAAUCCUAGUUAAAUCUGGUCAACAAUCACUAUCUUUUACCAUAAUACCGUAAAGUGACUAUUGUAGAGUAUUUCUGUGGUAAUUUUUUCCGUGUCAGGUAAGUAUUACGGUAGGAAAACUCGUGAUUUACCGAAGGAUGGCAGACGCGGAUAGCCUACUUCUGGAGGACACUCCUGACCUCACUCCCGACCCGACCCAAGCCGACCAGCUGGAACAUGAGGCCGCCGCAGCAGAAAACCCGGUCGAGGAUCCGGAACUGGAGGCGAUCAAGCAGAGAGUACGGGAGAUGGAGGAGGAGGCAGAGAAGCUGAAGGAGAUGCAGAACGAAGUGGAGCGGCAGAUGAACCUGAGCCCCACCGCACAGAGACCUGGUGCUACGGCUGGAGCUGUUGGGGCACCCAGUCCGACACUUGCCUUCCCAUCCAUUGAGGACAAGAUGGAAGCCGACGGCAGAUCUGUGUAUGUGGGAAAUGUUGACUACGGUGCAACGGCAGAGGAACUGGAGGCUCACUUCCACGGCUGCGGCUCCAUCAACAGAGUCACCAUCCUGUGUGACAAGUUCACUGGACACCCAAAAGGGUUUGCGUAUAUCGAGUUUGCAGACAAGGAUUCGAUUGAGACAGCAAAAGCACUUGACGAUUCCUUGUUCCGUGGAAGACAAAUCAAGGUUGUGCCAAAGCGAACAAACAGACCCGGCGUGAGCACCACAGACCGACCUCCGAGAGGACGCGGCGGAUACCGGGGGCGUGGCGGCGGUUUCCGUGGUUUCAACUCCGGGUAUGGAGGAUACGGCGGAUACUACCCCAGACGGUCCAGGGGAUUCAGGUCUCGCAGAGCAGCUUGGUAUUCUCCCUACUAAGCUGGCGGCUGUAGUCCCUGUCCUGCUGAAACCUUCUCAAAAUCAGCCACAUAGUUACUGAUGCUGGGAUAGACUAGUGACGAUCCUCCUAUCAAAUCAUGCUUUUCUGAUGGCCAGAAAUGACAUCUUUUAUACCACAGUGACUGAAAAAGAAGUGGAACAAUUUGGUUCUGCAAAAGAACAUUCCAAAAUCUUCCCUCGUGUAGUUUAAUUAUGGGGUUUUUGCUUGUGAACCUUUCUUUUACUGAAUGCUGAUAACAGUAUAGUUAAAAAAAGACGUGAUAGAAAGAAAUUGAUGCUGUUGCUCCAGCAGAGUUCCCGCUGACCCCCAGUAAAGUUUCCUGGGUUCUGUUGCAGUGAGAGAUGGUCCCCAGUAUAGUUUCUGUUGCAGUAGCAGUGUGAGAUGGUCAGGCCAGCCUAGCCUGGGGCACCAGGCGUCCGAUGGACCACGGGAGAGUCAUGAAGCUCACCGUGGCGUGCAAUAAGUGAACUCACCUGGUGCCCAGUUUGCCUGACCAUUCUCCACUUCUGUAAGAUAAGAGUGCAUGUUUACUUGACUGGGCACUUUUGUUUGUUUGUGUUGUUCCUCCACAGGUGGGUUCCCAUGUGGAUGUGGCCGGGACGUCACCCUCCCAUCGGCUUGUCCGCCAGCCUAUUUAUCACUAGUUCAAGCCCCGAAAAAUAAAAAAAUAAAAACAUGAUGCAGAAAAAAAAGAGGGAAGAAAAAAAAUUAAAUCAGAAAAAAAAGAAAAUGAUUAAAAAAUAAGAGAAAAGUUAGAAGAAAUAGAGACGGGGCUUUUUUGUUUUAGUCUUUUUAUUUUCAAUAAAGUUCCUGUAAAUUGUAA